AUCACCAUCAGGAGCAGAUCAGUUGGUAUAUAAAGAUGGAGUAGUCUCUCAGAAUCACAGUUUAAUGAGAGCUUUGUUUGGUGAUACAACAACUUGCCACCAACAGUAAUCAUGAAAUUGUUUGUAUUCAUUGCCCUGGUUGUCGCUGCGUCUGCUGGCCGCCUCGAACAUCUCGAGCGCUCUUAUCUUCCUCCUGAUAGCAAUGGCCACCGUGAGAAUAGUUUUGGAUCAGGGAACAAUCGGGUCGGCAUAAGCGACCAUAACUCCAAUGGAUUUGCUAGAAACAGCGCUUCUAAUAGAUUUGGUUCCAAUAGAAUCAACUCAUUUGAUCACAGUGCAUCACACGCAUCAAAUAGUUUUGGUGAGGCCCCAGUCUCUGGCUUUAACGGCAUGAGUAGAAAUGCGUUUGAAAUUGCUACCUAUAACCAGUACCUCCCACCAGACCACAGUCACCCUGGAUCCUCUAACAACGGUAUUUCCCAGUUUCCAUCUCGUAGUUUACCUUCUCUGGGAUCUGCGAGUUUUGGAUCUUCUUCUAGGUCCAUCCCUCAACCUCAAUUCGGUGCAGCCAGUCAUCAAUACUUAGCUCCCAAGUAUACAUCCCAACAGGACACCCAACAGCAAUUUGACGAGAAAUCUGGUUACAUUUAUUAAUUAUCUAAAUGUCUAAAAUAAUCAAAAGAUGUAACCUUUUUUUUUAUUAAAUACAAAAUAUCAGUUGCAUCUUUUAGCAAAUAUAUAUAAUUUGAAUAUGUUUUAAUUUAUAUGCAUUAUUUUAUAUCCUCCCAUCGUCCUUUACAUUAA